AUAAUUAAUCAAAAAUAAGAAGUGGUCGCGCGUUGGAAGAAAUAAUAAUAAUAAUAAUAAUAAUAUUGGACAAUAUAUUAUGAAUGAAACAUCUUCCAUUGACAUUGUCGGUCAAAUUAAAAAUGCCGGCAAAUUUUGGUACAUCGUCAACCCUUUCGAAACAAUUUUCGAAUUUCCCCAUCAAGUGCCUGAUUAUUAUCAACAGGUAAGAUGCAAUUUAUAUUGUUUGGAUAAAAAUUAUGGUGGAGUUCUUAUUAUCUGGGACAGAUUAUUUGGUACAUUUAUGGAAGAGAAGGAUGAAAUUAUUUAUGGUUUAGUUGGAAGUCCACGAUCAUUCAAUCCUUUAUAUUUACAGACGUUUUAUACGAAAGAUAUGAUAAAUAAGAGUAAGCAGAUGAAAUCAUUGGAAGAUAAGUUAUCUGUUUUGUGGAAGGGUCCCAGUUGGUAUCCAGGUGGGCCACGUUUAGGUCUUGAUAAGUAUAAAAUAAACGUAACUUCUAGAAGCAUAUAUAACGUUCGUAUACCAACGUGGCAAAGUUUCUAUAUUGUUUUGCAUUUUUUAAUAGUAUUUUAUAAACAUUUGCAAUUGUACAAUGAAAAACAAGAUUUAAAUAAUUCUUUAGGAAUAACGAUAUUGAACAAUAUAUUUGCUCUUAUCGCUAUCGGAUUAUUAUUCGAUAAAUCUGAAUAUGCCGGAUUGGUUGAACUCAUUCGUUGUAUCGUAUAUUUAUCUAUUUUAAAUCAAGAUCAUAUUAUUAACGUUCUGAUAAAUUAUGUUUAUAUUAUAUCCUGCGUUAUUUGGAUUUUUCGAAUGAUAAAUCAAAUGAAAACAAAUUUCUUAAGAUCAUAUGAUGACUUUGUAAAGAUACAUUGAUCAUAACAAUAUUAAGGAAAAUAAGAAAAUCAAUCGUUACUUAUUUAAUUGUAUAGAAUAAAUAAUAAUUCGAAAAA